CUCUUCUAGCUUCGAUAGAAUUUUCAGUCGGGGCUAUUUCGGCUCGGAAGAAUUUGCCGUCCAACUGAAUUCUUCGAUACGACUUACCGAACGAAUUUAAGAAACAAGAAUUCAAACGAAUCGUGUCGUUUUCCGAUCGCGUGUGUUGUACGGGAAGUGGUAUACAACGGAGAUUUAGUAACCGGCAGUAACAGCCGGUAGAGGAGUCAAAUCGAGUGUGCGAAAUUUGAUUAGAGGUUAGCGCGUGCGCGCGUCAACUCGCUGCGUGCACCCUUCGGCCAGUCAGUGAUUAAGGGUCGACGGGGUAGGUCGCGUUAAAUUGUAAACGCGACGAAACAUGCUGAAACGUGGCUUUACGUGAUUCCAUCCCGUUUGAUUGGAGAGGUGCGUGAAAGCGUGGCGAAAGGAUGGCGGACAGCGAGGGUGGUUCUGAGCAGGAUGACGUAUCCUUCCUCCGUACGGAGGACAUGGUGUGUCUGUCUUGCACAGCAACAGGGGAGAGGGUUUGUCUGGCUGCUGAGGGUUUCGGAAACCGGCACUGCUUCCUCGAAAAUAUUGCCGAUAAGAACAUUCCUCCUGACCUGUCACAGUGCGUGUUUGUAAUAGAGCAAGCUCUUUCCGUUAGAGCCUUGCAGGAAUUGGUCACUGCUGCUGGUUCUGAGACGCAGCAAGACCCUUUAGGCAAGGGUACAGGAUCUGGGCACAGAACAUUGCUUUACGGCAAUGCAAUUCUACUUAGACAUCAAAACAGCGACAUGUACCUGGCGUGCUUAUCGACGCUUUCAUCGAACGACAAACUUGCUUUCGACGUUGGUCUACAAGAGCACUCUCAAGGAGAGGCUUGUUGGUGGACAGUGCAUCCGGCAUCGAAGCAAAGAUCAGAAGGUGAAAAAGUGCGAGUAGGUGAUGAUUUAAUUUUGGUGUCUGUCGCUACCGAACGAUACUUGCACACAACAAAAGAAAAUGACUUGUCAGUAGUAAAUGCUUCUUUUCACGUGACUCAUUGGUCCGUCCAACCGUACGGUACUGGAAUAAGUAGGAUGAAGUAUGUCGGUUAUGUGUUCGGUGGUGAUGUGUUGAGAUUUUUUCAUGGAGGAGACGAAUGUCUCACUAUACCAUCGACUUGGAAUACAUCUGCAGGACAAAAUAUUGUAAUCUAUGAAGGUGGUAGUGUAAUGAGUCAAGCUAGAUCAUUAUGGAGGCUGGAACUUGCCAGGACAAAAUGGGCUGGUGGUUUUAUUAAUUGGUUACAUCCUAUGCGAAUCAGACAUCUUACUACUGGUCGUUAUCUUGGUGUGAAUGAGAAUAAUGAAUUAUAUUUAGUAGAUAGGAAUGACGCAACUAUUGAAACCUCAACAUUCUGGCUUCGGCAAGAGAAGGAUGAUCAAAAGACUAUUCUUGAAGAUAAAGAUUUAGAAGUAAUCGGUUUACCCAUCAUUAAAUAUGGUGAUUCCACAGUGAUAAUGCAACAUGCUACGACGUGUCUGUGGGUGUCUUACAAGUCAUACGAGACGAAGAAAAAAGGCGUAGGAAAAGUUGAAGAAAAACAAGCGGUCUUGCACGAAGAAGGGAAGAUGGAUGAUGGUCUCGACUUCUCACGGUCGCAAGAAGAGGAAUCGCGUACUGCUCGCGUUAUCAGAAAAUGCAGUAGUUUAUUUACUCAGUUUAUCACAGGCCUAGAAACCCUGCAGCUUGAUAGAAGAGCAUCCAUGUUCUUUCAGAACGUAAACUUGAACGAAAUGGUUAUGUGCUUAGAAGAUUUGAUUAACUACUUUGCACAACCGGAAGACGACAUGGAACACGAAGAAAAGCAGAACAGAUUCCGUGCAUUGCGUAAUCGUCAGGACCUCUUUCAAGAAGAAGGCAUCCUGAAUCUCAUUCUGGAAGCCAUUGACAAGAUCAAUGUGAUCACUUCGCAAGGUUUUCUGGUGGCACUUUCCGGAGACGAGAGUGGUCAAUCUUGGGAUCAAAUAUCCGGUUAUCUCUAUCAACUUUUGGCAGCUAUCAUCAAAGGAAAUCAUACCAACUGUGCUCAAUUUGCCAAUAGCAAUCGUCUCAAUUGGUUGUUCAGCCGAUUGGGAUCUCAAGCCUCCAGCGAGGGCACAGGGAUGUUGGACGUACUUCAUUGUGUUCUUAUCGAUUCACCCGAGGCCUUGAACAUGAUGAGGGACGAGCACAUCAAAGUUAUUAUAUCUCUUCUGGAAAAACAUGGAAGGGAUCCUAAAGUAUUAGACGUAUUGUGUUCUCUGUGUGUGGGUAAUGGGGUAGCGGUUCGCUCCUCACAGAACAAUAUUUGCGAUUUCCUACUUCCGGGCAAAAAUUUAUUACUGCAAACUCAGUUAGUUGAUCACGUGGCGAGUAUACGUCCCAAUAUAUUUGUCGGAAGGGUAGAAGGUUCCGCCCUCUAUCAAAAAUGGUAUUUCGAAGUGACAGUAGAUCAUAUUGAGCAAACAACGCACAUGAUGCCUCAUCUUAGGAUCGGUUGGGCAAACACAACUGGGUAUAUGCCGUAUCCCGGAGGUGGUGAAAAAUGGGGCGGUAAUGGUGUCGGCGAUGAUUUAUAUUCUUUCGGUUUUGAUGGCGCGAAUCUUUGGACUGGCGGAAGAAAAACGGAAGUGGUUUCAAACGCUACUGAACCAUUUAUUAGAAAGGGCGACGUAAUUGGUUGCGCACUUGAUCUGACAGUACCGAUAAUAACGUUCGCCUUUAAUGGAAUACAUAUAAAAGGAUCCUUCCGUAAUUUUAAUCUGGACGGCAUGUUCUUCCCUGCAAUCAGUUGCUCCUCCAAGUUAUCAUGUAGAUUUUUACUUGGUGGUGAUCAUGGCAGAUUGAAAUAUGAACCACCUGAUGAAUUUUCGCCAUUAGUCGAGAGUCUUUUGCCUCAACAAGUUCUUUCGUUGGAUCCGUGUUUCUAUUUUGGCAAUAUGAACAAAGUUGUUCUUGCUGGACCAUGGCUGGUUGAAGAUGACACGGCAUUCGUACCAGCACCUGUUGACACGUCGAUGAUUAAUUUACCAGCUUAUAUAGAACAGAUAAGAGAUAAAUUAGCUGAGAAUAUUCACGAAAUGUGGGCGAUGAAUAAAAUAGAAGCUGGUUGGAUAUUUGGAGAACAAAGAGAUGAUCUUAGAAAGAUUCAUCCAUGUAUUGUGCAGUUUGAAAAACUUCCAGCUGCAGAAAAACGUUACGAUACUCAAUUGGCUGUACAGACGUUGAAAACCAUUUUGGCUCUGGGUUACUAUAUUACUAUGGAUAAACCACCAUCACGUAUAAAAACUUUACGCUUGCCAAAUGAACCCUUUUUGCAAAGUAGUGGAUAUAAACCAGCACCUCUUGAUCUUGGUGCGAUUACGUUGUCACCAAAAAUGGAGGAGCUCGUAGAUCAGCUUGCCGAGAACACCCACAAUUUAUGGGCUAAAGAGCGAAUCAGUCAGGGCUGGACUUAUGGAUUGAAUGAGGAUUCAGCAAUGAGAAGAAGUCCACAUUUGGUACCUUAUCCAAAAGUAGAUGAAGCUAUCAAAAAAGCUAAUAGAGAUACUGCUAGUGAGACUGUAAGAACUUUAUUGGUUUAUGGAUACAUGUUGGAUCCGCCUACUGGAGAACAGCACGAAGCACUGCUUCUUGAAGCUAGCCGAUUACGUCAACUUUACUUCAGGACAUACAGAGUCGAAAAGCACUAUGCUGUCAAUAAUGGCAAAUGGUACUUUGAAUUUGAAGUACUAACUGCUGGUCCGAUGCGUGUUGGAUGGGCUAAGGCUGACUGCAUGCCUGGUAGUAUGUUGGGCAGCGAUGAAAAUACUUGGGCCUUUGACGGAUACAACGAGGAAAAAGUGUACUCAAGCACAGCAGAAAGUUUCGGCAAACAAUGGCAGGUUGGAGAUGUUGUCGGUGUUUUCCUGGAUCUUAUUGACCGAACAAUUAGCUUUUCACUAAACGGAGAACUAUUAAUGGAUGCACUUGGAGGUGAAACGUCUUUUGCUGAUGUACAGGGCGAUUCAUUUGUACCAGCAUUUACACUUGGUGUUGGUCAAAAGGCAAAAUUAACUUUCGGCCAGGAUGUGAACACCCUGAAAUUUUUUACUACUUGCGGGUUACAAGAAGGCUACGAACCAUUUUGCGUGAAUAUGAAUCGACCAGUGACAUUUUGGUACACUAAAGAUCAACCAAUUUUCGAGAAUACUGACGACAUGGCUGAUACCAGGAUCGACGUAGCCAGAAUACCAGCUGGUUCAGAUACACCACCUUGUCUUAAAAUUUCCCACAAUACUUUUGAAACCAUGGAAAAAGCCAAUUGGGAAUUUUUGAGGCUUUCCUUACCGGUAAUAUGUCAAACCAGUUUUGUCACGGAAGGUGAAAAAUUAAGAAGAUGGCAAGAAAUUAAAAUGCGUCAGAAUAGACUGCUCGCUGAACAACUUGAGCAAGGACACACUACGCCAUCAGCUCAUAUGGAACAAAUAAUGAAAUCUGGUUUCAGUAUGAGUGACAUUAAAGGAUUGCAAAGAAAUUACUCCGAAGAUGCCGUUGAGGCUGAUGAGAUGAUGAAGGAAUCGCCAUUGCCUAUGCAACGUAAUAAACCAGCAAGACCACCAAGAAAAGGAUCUUUAUAUGGUUCACGAAAUGCUUUGGAUCGUGCUACCAGCGAAGGUGAAAUGAAUGGCUACAGUGACAUGAAUGGCGAUGUAAAAGAUGACAAGAAAAAACGUGGACGCUCACCAUUCCGCAAGCUUAGCAAAGAAAUGGAGGAUGUCUCAUUCUUCUCCCGUAAAGUCAAAUCACCGGAUAUCAAAUCAAAAACACCAGAGCCUCCAUCCCGUUCGGAUAUAUCUGACAGAAGUGCACAGCCGUUACCAAUGGCAAGAUUAGGAACACGUCCUGCACAAAUACGAGCUUCUACAACCGAUUUAAAAAUGGUACCGCCGCAAGUUCCGGAACGCAAUGCACCCAAAGCUAUGUCGGUUCUUACCGGAACUGGCGUGGAAUCCAUUGGCAAUGAGAUUUUUGAUUCUGAAUGCCUAAAAUUAAUGAAUGAAUACUUUUAUGGGGUUCGCGUAUUUCCUGGUCAGGAUCCCACUCAUGUCUAUGUUGGCUGGGUCACUUCUCAAUAUCAUUUGCAUACUAAAGAUUUCAAUUUAUCACGUGUACGCAAAUCUUCAGUUGUAAUUGUAGAUGAUUAUGAUCGUCCAACAGACCAGGUUGAUCGUCAAAGUUGUUAUAUGGUUCGAACUGAUGAACUGUAUAAUGAAGUAACCCAAGAUGCAUCUGGUAAAGGUGCGUCCCAGGGGAUGUUCGUUGGCUGUUUCGUAGAUACGGCAACCGGAUGGGUGUCUUUUACAUGCGAAGGAAAAGAAACUAGUCACAAAUUCAAAAUGGAACCAGACACAAAACUAUUUCCCGCCAUCUUCGUCGAGGCUACCAGCAAGGAAAUCCUUCAGAUAGAAUUAGGAAGAACUUCGACUACUCUACCCCUAUCAGCUGCAGUUUUACAAAAUUCAGAACGUCAUGUGAUACCGCAAUUCCCACCGCGACUUAAAGUUCAGUGUCUGAAACCUCAUCAAUGGGCUAGGGUUCCUAAUCAAUCGCUUCAAGUGCAUGCAUUGAAAUUGUCUGAUAUCAGAGGAUGGUCCAUGCUCUGUGAGGAUGCAAUAUCUAUGCUAGCAUUACAUAUACCAGAGGAAGACAGGUGUAUUGACAUUCUAGAACUUAUUGAGAUGGACAAACUUUUGAGUUUCCAUGCUCAUACUUUAACGCUCUAUGCUGCGUUGUGCUAUCAAUCAAAUUAUAGAGCAGCUCAUGCACUUUGUCUUCACGUUGAUCAAAAGCAAUUGCUCUAUGCCAUUCGAUCAGAAUAUAUGUCCGGUCCUCUUAGACAAGGAUUUUAUGAUCUUCUAAUUGCAUUGCAUUUAGAGUCCCAUGCUACAACAAUGGAAGUGUGUAAAAAUGAAUAUAUUAUACCUUUAGGUCAAGAAUUGAAGGAUCUGUAUGAGAACCCAGAGAUGAAGCACAGCUUGAGGUAUUUGGAAACCGAGUCAGUUCGACCUCAGAUGAAGAUGACUGACAUCAAGGUUCUUCCUUCUAGUGAAAAUCAAAGUAUCGAAAAUAUAAGGAGCCUGUACAGUCCAUUCUUUCCUCUGGAUGUGGUUCGUGAUUAUGUAAUGAUGGCUCUGAAUGAGGCAGUUGAGAUCAAUCAGGUUCAUAAUCGAGAUCCGAUUGGAGGAAGCAAUGAAAAUCUUUUCCUACCACUUUUAAAAUUGGUGGAUCGAUUACUUUUGGUUGGAAUGCUCAGAAACGAGGAUAUAUUUAAAUUACUGAUAAUGAUUAAUCCGGAAACUUGGGAUCCUACAUUUGAUAAAGAGGGAAAAGAUGAACACAAGAAGGGUCUACUUCAUAUGAAAAUGGCGGAAGGUGCUAAAUUGCAAAUGUGCUAUUUACUUCAUCAUCUUAAUGACAUUCAACUGCGUCAUCGCGUCGAAUCUAUCAUCGCCUUCAGUCAUGAUUUCGUAGGAGAAUUACAAGCUGAUCAAUUGCGUCGUUACAUAGACAUCAAACAGUCCGAUUUACCAUCAGCCGUCGCUGCUAAAAAAACUAAGGAAUUCCGUUGCCCUCCCCGCGAACAGAUGAACGCCAUAUUGAGCUUCAAAAAUAUUCAAGAGGAUGACACUGAGAACUGUCCUUGCGGCGAGGAACUUAUUGAAAAAAUGAACGGAUUUCACAGCGAUCUAAUGUCCUACGUCUCACUGCAUGCACUUCAAGAAGCUGCAGACGCUGCUAACGAAGUGGCAGAAGAAAUUCAAAAACCUGGCGCUAUGAAAAGACUCUUUAACUUCAUUAACGCUGUGAAAGAAUUCGAGGAAGAGCAAAAAGUUGAGCCUGAACCAGAGAAAAAGACACCGGAAGAGGUAUUCCGCAAAGUAUUGAUAGCAACGAUAGUGAAGUGGGCUGAGGAAUCGCAAAUAGAAACAUCGAAACUUGUACGCGAGAUGUUUAGUCUUCUGGUGCGCCAAUAUGACACAGUGGGCGAGUUAAUUAGAGCCUUGGAAAAGACUUACGUUACCAACAGCAAGACAAGAGAAGACGUAGCUGAAAUGUGGGUCGGCCUCAGUCAAAUUCGCGCAUUGUUACCAGUACAAAUGUCUCAGGAAGAGGAAGAGCUUGUCAGAGAACGUCUAUGGAAGCUGGUUAACAAUCAUACAUUCUUCCAACAUCCAGAUUUAAUUCGUGUUUUGAGAAUUCACGAGAAUGUAAUGGCUAUCAUGAUGAACACGCUUGGUAGACGUGCUCAAGCACAAUCUGAUGCGCAAACGCAAGCACAAGUUCCUGAGGGUGAAACGCCUGCUAAAGAAAAGGAUACAUCUCAUGAGAUGGUUGUUGCAUGUUGUCGAUUCCUCUGUUAUUUCUGUCGAACAUCCAGACAGAAUCAAAAAGCCAUGUUUGAUCACUUUGAUUUCCUUCUGGAGAACAGUAAUAUCCUUUUAUCUAGACCUUCUCUGAGAGGUUCUACUCCACUCGAUGUGGCUUAUUCAUCCCUUAUGGAAAAUACUGAACUAGCCCUUGCACUACGAGAACAUUAUUUGGAGAAGAUCGCUAUUUAUCUGUCACGUUGCGGACUGCAAUCAAAUUCAGAAUUAAUUGAAAAGGGUUAUCCUGAUCUUGGUUGGGAUCCUGUAGAAGGAGAGCGAUACCUUGACUUCCUAAGAUUUUGUGUCUGGGUCAAUGGUGAAAGUGUUGAAGAAAAUGCAAAUCUGGUUAUCCGUUUAUUGAUUCGUCGACCUGAAUGUUUGGGACCAGCACUUCGUGGAGAGGGUGAGGGUUUACUGAGAGCAAUAAUGGAAGCAAACAAAAUGUCUGAACGCAUCGCGGAUCGUCGGAAACUUUAUAAACAGGUACAUGAUGAAGCCGAAGGAGCCGCAAUGGUGAUGCAAUUCGAGCAUCCCCUACCGGAAUCUGAUGAGGAUGAAGACUAUAUUGACACUGGUGCGGCAAUUCUUAACUUCUACUGUACACUAGUCGAUCUACUUGGACGUUGUGCACCGGACUCUUCAGUUAUUGAACAAGGAAAGAAUGAGUCUCUUCGAGCAAGAGCUAUUUUACGAUCACUGGUACCACUGGAUGAUCUUCAGGGUGUUCUGUCGCUACGAUUUACUUUAUUGAAUCCGGCUGCUGGUGAAGAAAGACCAAAGAGUGAUAUGCCAUCAGGUUUGAUUCCAGGACACAAGCAAAGUGUUGUAUUGUUUUUGGAACGUGUAUAUGGCAUUGAAACACAGGAAUUGUUCUUCAAGUUAUUAGAAGAAGCUUUUCUGCCGGAUUUAAGGGCGGCUACUAUGCUUGACAGGAAUGAUGGAUAUGAGUCGGAUAUGGCACUUGCUAUGAAUCGUUAUAUAGGAAAUAGCAUAUUGCCUUUACUGAUCAAACAUUCAAAGUUUUAUAACGAAGCUGAUAAUUAUGCCAGCUUACUCGAUGCAACACUGCACACUGUUUAUCGAUUGAGUAAGAAUAGAAUGUUGACAAAAGGUCAGCGUGAAGCCGUAUCAGACUUCCUUGUAGCAUUAACAAGUCAAAUGCAACCAAGUAUGCUUUUGAAACUGCUACGAAAAUUGACAGUGGACGUUUCCAAACUAUCCGAAUAUACAACGGUAGCUCUACGUUUAUUGACUCUGCACUACGAACGUUGCGCUAAAUAUUAUGGGUCAACUGUUGGUCAAGGAUCUUAUGGUGCAUCAAGCGACGAAGAGAAACGCCUAACCAUGGUUCUCUUCAGUAACAUAUUCGAUUCAUUAUCCAAAAUGGAUUAUGACCCGGAAUUGUUCGGAAAAGCUUUGCCAUGUUUGACAGCCAUUGGUUGUGGAUUACCGCCCGAUUAUUCCCUGUCAAAGAACUACGACGAUGAAUGGUACGGAAGUAAAUCAGCAUCCACUCAAUCGCCCGAUGGACCGUACAAUCCUCAGCCAAUUAACACGUCCAGUGUGGUUCUUAACAAUGACUUGAACCAAAUCGUUCAGAAAUUCUCAGAACAUUAUCACGAUGCUUGGGCUAAUCGAAAACUAGAAAAUGGUUGGACAUACGGUGAACAAUGGUCAGAUGUCAAUAAAACACAUCCAAGAUUGAAACCAUACAAUAUGUUAAAUGAUUACGAAAAAGAACGAUAUAAGGAACCAGUUAGAGAGAGCCUAAAAGCUCUGCUAGCAAUAGGAUGGAGUGUUGAGCAUGCUGAGGUGGAUGUUCCAUCCACGAGUCGUAGUUCAAUGAGAAGAUCAUCUAAAAGUCAAGACUCACAAUUUCAGGGCGAUUCGGCAAAUCCGUUCAACUAUAAUCCUCAUCCGGUGGACAUGACCAAUCUGACUUUGAGCAGAGAAAUGCAAAACAUGGCUGAGCGCUUGGCGGAUAACGCUCACGACAUUUGGGCUAAGAAAAAGAAAGAGGAGCUGGUUACUUGCGGGGGCGGAAUUCAUCCACAACUUGUUCCUUACGAUUUGCUCACGGACAAGGAGAAAAGGAAGGACAGGGAGCGAUCACAAGAAUUUUUGAAAUAUCUACAGUAUCAGGGGUAUAAACUACACAAACCAAAUCGUGGUGGUACAACUGAUACGGAAGUGGCUGGUGCUGGAGCAGCUGUGGAAUUACGCUUCGCAUACUCUUUGUUGGAGAAGUUGAUAGCGUACUUGGACAAGGCGACAAUCAACAUGAAGUUGUUGAAGCCAUCGGAUACCUUCAGCCGACGAAACAGCUUUAAAACAUCUACAAGGGACAUAAAGUUCUUCAGCAAAGUCGUGUUACCCUUGAUGGAGAAGUACUUCAGCACGCACAGAAAUUACUUCAUAGCAGUAGCUACAGCAACGAAUAAUGUUGGCGCCGCUUCUUUGAAAGAAAAGGAAAUGGUGGCUGCUUUAUUUUGUAAACUUGCGAGUUUAUUACGUUCGCGGCUUGCUGCUUUCGGGGCUGACGUCAGGAUUACUGUGAGAUGCUUGCAAGUACUAGUGAAGGGAAUCGAUGCAAAAUCUCUUGUAAAAAAUUGUCCAGAAUUUAUUAGAACCUCCAUGUUGACAUUCUUCAAUAAUACUGCUGACGAUUUGGGACACACCAUAUUGAACUUGCAAGAGGGGAAGUACAGCCACCUCAGGGGUACUCAUUUGAAGACUUCAACCUCACUGUCAUAUGUCAACAGUGUUGUGCUUCCUGUGCUUACUGCUAUGUUUGAUCAUUUAGCAGCUUGCGAGUAUGGAAGUGACUUGCUACUCGAUGAGAUUCAAGUGGCUUCGUACAAAAUGCUGGCAUCUCUGUAUACGCUCGGUGUGGACCCUACUUUAACACAUGAUAGAAAGUACUUGAAGACGGAGAUAGAACGUAAUAAACCAAAUCUCGGUUCUUGUCUUGGUGCUUUCUCGAGUUGCUUCCCUGUGGCUUUCCUAGAACCGCAUCUCAAUAAGCACAAUCAGUUUUCACUGUUGAAUAGAAUCGCUGAUCAUUCGCUGGAAGCUCAGGAUAUAAUGAGUCGUAUGGAAUCAAGUAUGCCAACACUAGAGACUAUCCUGACUGAAGUCGAUCAGUUUGUAGAAUCUGACAAGACUUACAGCGAUGCUCCACAUGUGAUUGACGUGAUAUUGCCAUUGCUCUGUUCCUAUUUGCCCUUUUGGUGGGCCCAAGGGCCUGAUAACGUCAAUCCCACAGAAGGGACAUACGUGAGUAUGGUAACGAGCGAUCACAUGAAUCAACUGUUGAAGAACGUACUUAAACUCAUUAAGAAAAAUAUCGGUAAUGAAAAUGCCCCAUGGAUGACACGUAUUGCUGCUUAUACUCAACAAAUCAUUAUCAAUUCAUCCGAAGAGCUGCUCAAGGAUCCAUUCUUGCCGCUUGCUGAGCGAGUUAAGAAACGUACUGAUAAUAUGUUCCAUAAGGAGGAAUCAUUGCGAGGAUUUAUAAAGUCAUCAACUGAUGAUACAUCACAAAUUGAAACACAGAUCCAGGAGGACUGGCAACUUCUCGUUAGGGAUAUAUACUCGUUCUAUCCAUUACUCAUUAAGUAUGUUGAUCUUCAACGUAAUCAUUGGCUGCGGAAUAAUAUACCGGAAGCGGAAGAUCUUUAUAACCACGUUGCUGCGAUUUUUAACACUUGGUCAAAGUCCCAGUACUUCCUUCGAGAAGAACAGAACUUUAUAUCAGCUAAUGAGAUUGAUAAUAUGGUGUUAAUUAUGCCUACGGCUACUAGGAGACCUGCUACCGUUUCUGACGGUACCACACCAUCAGGAGGUGGAAAGAAAAAAAAGAAACAUCGCGACAAGAAGAGGGACAAGGAUAAGGAAGUACAAGCAUCUCUAAUGGUUGCCUGUCUUAAGCGAUUGUUACCAGUCGGUUUAAAUCUUUUUGCUGGCCGAGAACAAGAACUGGUCCAGCACUGUAAGGACAGAUUCUUAAAGAAACUUCCAGAAUAUGAGAUUGCUGAAUUCGCCAAAACACAACUUACAUUGCCUGACAAGAUCGAUCCAGCGGAUGAGAUGUCAUGGCAGCACUAUCUAUAUUCGAAACUUGGCCAGAAAAAGGAUGUCACGGAACCCGUCAAAGCUCAACAAAUCGAGGAAGUUGUAGUUAGGAUUACUGCGAUGGCUAAAGUACUUUAUGGUCUCCAUAUGAUAGACCAUCCGCAGCAGCAGAGCAAGAGUAGUUACCGAUCGGUGGUCUCUAUUCAAAGAAAACGAGCAGUUAUUGCUUGCUUCCGUCAGACCUCCCUACAUUCCCUACCCAGGCAUCGGGCAAUAAACAUCUUUGCAAGAACUUACUACGAGCUCUGGUUACAAGAUGAAAAUGUGGGACAAGAAGUUAUGAUUGAGGACCUUACGCAAUCCUUUGAAGACGCAGAACUGAAGAAGAUGGAUAAAGCAGAAGAAGAAGGGAAACCAGAUCCUCUAACACAAUUAGUUACGACUUUCUGUCGUGGUGCAAUGACAGAGCGUUCCGGUGCACUUCAAGAAGAUGCACUUUACAUGAGUUAUGCACAAAUCAUCUCCAAAUCUUGUGGUGAGGAGGAGGAGGAAGGUGAAGAAGAAGGUGGCGGCGGUGAAGAGGAAGGCGGUGCUUCCAUCCAUCCAGGGCAAAAGCUUCUUAUGAGGCCUAUGCAUAAACUCAUGGAACAAGAAAUGGAGAAACAAAAAUUGCUCUUCCACCAAGCGCGUCUUGCGGAUCGUGGGGUAGCUGAAAUGGUGUUGCUUCACAUCUCAGCCUGUAAAGGUCUUCCCAGUGAGAUGGUCAUGAAGACAUUAGAAUUAGGUAUCUCCAUUCUUCGUGGUGGUAACAUCGAAAUCCAAAGAGGGAUGUUGAAUCAUCUCAAAGAGAAGAAAGAUGUUGGUUUCUUUACGUCAAUCGCUGGCUUAAUGAACUCGUGCAGUGUCUUAGACUUGGAUGCAUUUGAAAGAAACACCAAAGCUGAAGGUCUUGGUGUUGGAUCUGAAGGAGCUGCUGGUGAGAAAAAUAUGCAUGAUGCUGAAUUCACUUGUGCCUUGUUUCGGUUUAUCCAAUUGACAUGCGAAGGCCAUAAUUUGGAUUGGCAGAACUAUCUCAGGACACAGGCUGGUAAUACAACCACUGUUAAUGUAGUCAUCUGUACAGUUGAUUAUCUUCUUCGGCUUCAGGAGUCCAUCAUGGAUUUCUAUUGGCAUUACUCUAGCAAGGAAUUAAUUGAUCCCGCUGGAAAGGCUAAUUUUUUCAAGGCCAUCGGAGUCGCUAGUCAAGUUUUCAACACUUUGACUGAAGUCAUUCAAGGUCCUUGUGCUCAGAAUCAGCAAGCACUUGCGCAUUCCAGGCUUUGGGAUGCUGUGGGUGGUUUUCUGUUCCUUUUUUCACACAUGCAGGAUAAAUUAUCGAAACACUCUAGUCAAGUAGACCUCCUCAAAGAACUUUUGAACUUGCAAAAGGAUAUGAUUACUAUGAUGCUCUCUAUGCUUGAAGGUAAUGUGGUAAAUGGUACUAUCGGAAAACAAAUGGUGGAUACGUUAGUGGAAUCAGCCAGCAACGUGGAGUUAAUUUUGAAGUACUUUGACAUGUUCUUGAAGCUGAAGGAUCUUGUGUCAUCUCCAAGCUUCUUGGAAGUUGAUCUUAAUAAUGAUGGUUGGGUAUAUCCGAAAGAUUUCAAAGAAAAAAUGGAACAGCAAAAGAGUUACACAGAUGAAGAAAUUGAAUUCUUAUUGGCAUGUUGUGAAACGAAUCACGAUGGAAAAAUUGAUUAUGUCGCCUUCAUGGAUCGGUUCCACGAACCCGCUAAAGAGAUCGGUUUCAAUCUUGCCGUUCUUCUUACCAACUUGUCAGAACAUAUGCCGAAUGAACCGAGAUUAGCAAGAUUCCUCGAAACUGCCGGUUCUGUACUGAACUACUUCGAACCAUUCUUAGGAAGAAUCGAAAUUUUGGGUGGUAGUAAAAAAAUCGAACGGGUCUACUUUGAAAUCAAAGAAUCAAAUAUCGAGCAAUGGGAGAAGCCUCAGAUAAAGGAAUCAAAAAGAGCAUUCUUCUAUAACACCGUAACCGAGGGUGGUGAUAAGGAGAAGUUGGAGACCUUCAUUAAUUUCUGUGAGGACGCCAUCUUUGAAAUGCAACAUGCAAGUGCGUUGAUGGCAGUCGAAGAGAGUGGCGGAAUUGGAAAAGCCAGAGAAUCAUCUUACACUUACAUGACAGAAGAUGAUGACGAAAGAAACAAAGAUCCCAUAAGACGAGGAAUUCAAGCAUUCAAAGAUGGCAUAUAUUUCUUUUUCUCAAUGUUCUCGCCUACGAAUAUAAAGAACAAAUUCGCAGAAAUGCAACAAAUGACGAUACCCGAGCUUUUUGUUGGUUUCUUUAAAGUAAUUUUCUACGCGUUCUAUUACUCUGGAUUUGGUGUUGGUUGCGUUAUUAGGUACUUCAUGAGACUUCUUCUUACUUUGAUGAGAGGUCCUCAUAUCGAUGAACCCGUUGUUGAAAUAAAAGAAGAAGAAGAAAAACCAUUCCGACAUCUACCUGCUUUGCCACCAACACCUGAUGAAUCAAAUUUACAGGUCCAAGCGUUUGGAAUGGACAUUACAAAAGAGGAAGGUGGUCAAAUAAAAUUAGCACCUCAUGAAUCGGCAACUUCAACUCCGCAAUCAAGUAUGGAAGAGACAGGUGACAGUACCCCUGAUGAAGGGACGGGUGAAGACACUAUAAGAGCAGAUGCUAUCAGUGGUGAAUUAGAGGCUCCUGUUACUCUGGCUGAUCUACUGGGUGGAGAACAAGCAAGAGCUCAGGCUGCAGCUACGGCUGAAGCUGCUGCGCAACAACAGGCAGCGAUGGCAGCAGUUGAAGCGGAACAUAAACAGGACACAACAGCAGAACCAUCAGCAGCAUCCAGUAUAGAUUUGUCAGAAUAUACUCAUAGGAUCGUAUCCUUCCUUGCUAGAAAUUUCUACAAUCUUAAAUACGUUGCUCUGGUUCUUGCUUUUUGUAUCAACUUCAUGCUUCUCUUCUAUAAGGUUACUUCACUGGGUGACGAUAAUGACGGAAACGGCAGUGGAGAUUCGAUGGCUGACUUAUUAGCGGAAAUGUCUGGUGAAGGGUCUUCCAGUGGAAGUGGUAGUGGAGGCGAUCUCGGUAGUGGUGGCGAUGGUGAAGGUUCUGAAGAAGAAGAAGAUCCUUUAGAAUUUGUUGAAGUAUCAGAAGACUUUUACUAUAUGGCGCACGUUAUGAGGUUGAUGGCUGCUCUUCACUCUAUAGUUUCUCUAGCUAUGUUGGUCGCAUACUAUCAUCUUAAGGUACCUUUAGCUAUUUUCAAACGUGAAAAAGAAAUCGCUCGUCGCGUGGAAUUCGAUGGUCUGUAUAUCGCUGAAACACCUGAAGAAGAUGACAUCAAGGCUCAUUGGGACAAAAUGGUGAUAUCAGCCAAAUCGUUCCCUGUUAAUUACUGGGACAAAUUCGUAAAAAAGAAAGUCCGACAGAAGUACAGCGAGACGUAUGACUUUGAUUACAUCAGUAAUUUGCUUGGAAUGGAAAAGACUUCUUUCAGUCAGCAAGAAGAUGAGGGCUCUGGAUUAAUACACUUCAUCAUUAAUAUUGAUUGGAGGUAUCAAGUUUGGAAGGCUGGCGUUACCAUUACAGAUAAUGCUUUCCUCUACAGUUUAUGGUACUUUACUUUCUCAAUUUUGGGAAAUUACAACAAUUUCUUCUUCGCGGCUCACCUACUAGAUGUUGCUGUUGGUUUUAAAACCUUGAGAACCAUUUUGCAGUCCGUAACGCACAAUGGCAAGCAACUGGUGUUGACUGUCAUGUUACUUACCAUUGUUGUCUACAUAUAUACCGUAAUCGCCUUCAACUUCUUCAGAAAGUUUUACAUACAGGAAGAAGACGAUGAAGUUGAUAAAAAGUGUCACGACAUGGCGACGUGUUUCGUGUUUCAUCUUUAUAAAGGCGUCAGGGCUGGUGGAGGUAUAGGUGACGAAAUUGGUGAACCUGACGGUGACGAUUAUGAAGUGUAUCGUAUAAUGUUCGAUAUCACAUUCUUCUUCUUCGUCAUUGUUAUUCUUCUUGCCAUCAUUCAAGGUUUGAUCAUUGAUGCUUUUGGAGAGCUUCGUGAUCAAUUGGAAAGUGUCAAAGAUAACAUGGAGAGUAAUUGUUUUAUCUGCGGAUUAGGAAAGGAUUACUUUGAUAAAGUACCACAUGGUUUCGAUACACACGUUCAGCAAGAACAUAAUCUUGCUAAUUACAUGUUCUUCCUUAUGCAUCUAAUUAAUAAACCAGACACUGAGUACACUGGUCAGGAAACUUACGUCUGGAAUAUGUACCAACAGAGGAGCUGGGAUUUCUUCCCUGUUGGUGAUUGUUUCCGUAAACAGAACGAAGCUGUUGAGGAAGAAGCAAAGAAGAAAUAAACUGAAGUUUUGUAAUACAUUUUAUUGGAUAAUGCACGCGAGAAUGAAUAAUUUAUUCAUUCUAAUUAACAAAGGAGAAUUUCUUCCUGUUGUUCUCGAUUCGAUGCGUCGCAGUAAUGAAGGCAAGAAUAUAAAGAAUACGACGCGUUACAAUCAAAUUUUCGAAACUAUACAUUUUAUAUUCAAAUCAUGAAAUAUUUAGUCUACUUAAAAUUAAGGGACUUUCUUUAAUUUUGAAUUUUACGCGCACCGUUUACCUCACAGCAGUUGACUCGUCUUUUUCGAUUUUUGCGUUUUGGGAAACGACGCUAACUUCGAUCGUGUAAAAAAUUAGGGUUCUAAUGAUUUCGUGGGAAAAAAAGAUUUCAAAAAUCUUGUAUAUCAAUGAGAAUAUUAAAGGGCAACCGACUACUGUAGGAGAUUUACGUAUUUUUGCAAGAAAUAAUUUCAGGACUCAUAGUUGGAAUUCAUCGAAUUUUUUCAUUUGUAGAUAAUCACAUAAUGAUCGUGGUGUCAUUUAUUUCUUCUACCCAUUGUAUAAUGUAGGCCAUUAUAAUUUAAAGAAAAAAUCGACUGCACAAAUCUAUUUAUUCACUAGUAAGUCUGCAGUUAUAAUUGACAUCCCUAUUUGUACGUCAGAUGGACUCCGCUAAUAUAAUUAUACAAAAUAUACAUAAUACCGAUGAAGUUUUGACAAAUGAUAAUUAUACGUAAGUUGAAUAUAUUAAAAAUAUAUAAUACGUAAACUUCCGACGAUAUGUAAAAUUUUCAGCAUGACCGGUGACUGAGUUCGCAUAUCUCAGAAUGUCAAUAUAUUGUAAAUAAAACUUUUUCGACAGGGCAACCUGAAAA